AUGGGGUGCGUAGGUUACGAAAAAGGAAUAAAGGACGUGUUCGAGAUAGGAAAAAGAAAGGAAAAAGCAAUUUUAGUAAAAAUGGAAAAAUAUGAAGACAAGAGGAAACUAAUGGAGAAGCGAAUGAAUAUGAAAGGAUCAGGGAUUUUUGUUGAUGAUGAUCUAACUAUAAAAGAAAGAACGAGACAGAAAGAAAUAAGAGCGUGGGCGAAGAAUGAGAGGGAAAGAGGCACGACGGUUAAAAUAGAAUACAAUAGAGCAUUUAAGAACGGAACAAAGCUUAACCGAAACUUGGUUAGAGGAGAAAGAUUGGGAGAACUGGUGCGAGAGAAUGCCGAGUGGAUGGACAUGGAUAAGUCAGUGUGCGAGGAGGGAAAACAAGAAGGGAAGAGCGAUGGGGGGUAUAAUCACCGGGGUGAGAGAGGAGCUAGAAGAGGAGGAAUAUGUAGAUACAACAGAAGGCAUUCAAGAAACGACGAGUGGAAGAGGAAGAAGGAGAGAGAAAUAGAAGAGAUUAAGACAGAAAAACAAGAAUGGGACUUUAUAAAUAGAGGAAGGAAGAAAAGAGAAAAGAUAUGCAAGCAAAUUGAGUUGAAGGAGUGGGAAGAAUACUUCAUGAAAAACCUAGAAGGAAGUGAAAUAAAUCAUGGCAAAAUGGGAGCAAGAAAUGAAGAAGAAGAAGAAGGAGAUGCAAUUGAACUGACGAUCAAAGAGGUAUUAAACGAAGUAAAGAAGUUAAAGAAUG